AGCUGCGCGCGCAGCCGCUGUCUCCGCCCACCUCGGGGGGAAGGGCGGGGCCUGAUCUCGCAGGGUGCGCGCGCAGCUCGCCGUUUGACCGUUCCCGGUCUCGGUCGCGGGACUCCAGUUACCUGGCGAACCUGAGAGGCCACUGUCCUGCCCUCGCCCUGGACCCUUCACCGCUGCAGACCCCCCCAAGACGGGGACCCCGGACCCCAGGCCUCAGGAGGACUCAACCAGGACUUUCCAAAAGUUGCCGCGGAGCCUUCCGAUCUCCUCGGCCAUCUCCCAAGUCUGACCUGGCUGAUGGGACCAGCGAGGAUUCUCUGCACCUUGACAUUCAGAAACUGAAGGAGAAGAGGGACAUGCUGGACAAGGAGAUCUCCCAAUUACUAUCUGAAGGCUACAGUGUGGGUGAAUUGGAGGACCACAUCUCCCAGCUCCACAUGUAUAAUGACAUCAAGGAUAUAGGCCAGAUGCUGCUGGGCAAACUAGAUGUCCCCCUCCGAGCCGCGAGCCAUGGCGCUGGCCUGCUUUACCCUGAACACAUCCCCACCUCCCCACUGCAGAAGGCGCUGCUGGCCGCCGGCUCUGCCGGAAUGGCGCUUUACAACCCGUAUCGCCACGACAUGGUCGCAGUUCUAGGGGAGACCACAGGACGCCGUGCCUUGAAGGUCCUCAGGGAUCAGAUGAGGAGGGAUCCAGAGGGUUCCCAGAUCCUGCAAGAACGACCCCGAAUCUCACUCUCCACCCUUGACCUGGGCAAGCUCCAGAGCCUGCCUGAGGGCUCCCUCGGCCGCGAGUAUCUCCGUUUCCUGGAUGUGAAUAGGGUCUCCCCAGAUACCCGGGCACCCACCCGAUUCGUGGAUGAUGAGGAGCUAGCGUACGUGAUCCAGCGGUACCGGGAGGUGCACGACAUGCUCCACACCCUGCUGGGGAUGCCCACCAACAUCCUGGGAAGGAGCCCAGCACAGGUGGGGACUGGGCAUGGCCGAGCCCUGGUAGAGGUCAGAGAGGAGCAGACACCUUGCUGUGCCCUGCCAUGCACACCACUGGCCUCUCCUCCUGGCCCCUUCUCACUUCCCACUCCCCCGCCCUGCCUCCCAGGAGAGAUUGUGGUGAAGUGGUUUGAGGCUGUCCAGACUGGCCUGCCCAUGUGCAUCCUGGGUGCACUUUUUGGACCAAUUCGACUGAGUGCCAAGAGCCUGCAAGUGCUGGUCUCUGAGCUGAUCCCAUGGGCAGUUCAGAAUGGGCGCAGGGCCCCGUGUGUCCUCAACCUGUACUACGAGCGGCGCUGGGAGCAGCCCCUCAGGGCUCUACGGGAGGAGCUGGGCAUCACGGAUCCCCCCUGCAUGUCGAGGGCCUGGCCUAGGCCCUGAGCCGCUGAACCAGGGGGGCCUGGCCUGGCUUCCCCUGGGGGCAGAGGACUCUUUUGCCAAUACCUUUGUUCCUUUUCUUUGAACACUGACUCUGGGACAUCAUUUAUCAGAAUUUGUCGUAACCACUGCUGAGUGGCUUUGAGGGCCAACCCAGGAGGGAGCAGUCUGUGCAGUGGGGUUCCCAGGCAAGCCAGGACUUAGCCAAAGAGAACCACAUGUGACCAGGAAUCAGUUGUCUAGGUUCAUAUGAGAUGUCUUGGAUCCACACCCCCUGUUCCAGAACCCUCCCUGCCAACCAGGGUUUUCUGGGUGCCAAGCUAGGUAUCCUCGCAGGAGUGAGGGCUACACCCAAUUCCAGAGGCCUAAGUAGGGGGAGGUGAGUCCCCACUGUCUGAAUAAAGGCUCCCAUCAGGUCA